UUCAUACAAAUCAUAGUGUAGUACAAUUUUUGCAUAGGUGAUAUUUUUAUUUAGAUAAUUUUAGAUUUUAAAGGGUUAAUUGUGAAAUAAAUUUAUUAUAUAAUGUUAGAUCUAUUUACGAUAUUUAGUAAAGGGGGCAUUGUGCUCUGGUGCUUUCAGAGCACUAGCCACAUAUUUGCACCAUCUGUAAAUGCACUUAUUAGAAGUGUCAUAUUGCAGGAGCGAUCUGGAAAAAAUACCUACGACCACGAUUCCUUAACAUUGCAAUAUAAAUUAGACAAUGAAUUUGAGCUGGUGUUUGUUGUUGCCUUUCAGAAAAUUUUGCAACUGUCAUAUGUUGAUAAAUUUUUAAAUGAUGUACAUUUAGAGUUUAGAGAUAAGUAUAAGAAUGACUUACAAAAUAAAAGGUAUUUUCAAGAAUUUGACUUUGGUGCUUGUUAUAACAGUAUUCUGCGGGCGGCUGAAGAAUGGGGUCGGACUCAGGCUAAGUUACCUAAACAAAUGCGUUCUUUUGAAGAUUCUAUGAAAUCUAAAAAGACAGUUGCUUCAAUGAUUGAAAGAAAGGGCGAGGAAAAAAAAGACACCAAGAAGAAUGGUAAACAAAAGGGCAAAAAUGUUUGUUUUGAUGAAGAAGAAUUAAAUACUAAAACUGUUAUUGAACCGGUGCAAACAAAUAAUACAAAAAGUGACGAUCCAAAUGAUAUAAUCAUGCAAAAUCGAUUGAAACUUGCACAAAAAAUGGGAGCAUCUAAAAAGAAAGUUGAAAAAACUAAAUCUCCAAAAGCUGAGAAAGAAAAAGCCGGUAAAAAACCUAGAAUUUGGGAACUAGGUGGAGGUGCUCAGGAUUUACCAACACUUGAUAGAUCUAAAGAUAAACCUGAAGACGCUAAAAGCAACUUUACACAUUCUGCACCAAUGGUUGGUCAAAUGCAAGGAGGUAUCCGUGAUAUAGAAAUUGAUUCAACUGAUGAUGAAUCUUCUGAAGAAGAUGUUGUUAAUUCCAAAAACACUCCAAAUGGUUAUUCCAAUAAAAUGAACGGCCAGGCUAAAAAAAGUGGUGGAAUGUUUUCUAUGUUUAAAGGGUUGGUUGGAUCUAAAAAUUUGUCCAGAGACGAUAUGCAGCCUGCUUUGGAUAAAUUAAAGGACCAUUUAAUAGGAAAGAAUGUUGCAGCUGAUAUUGCUUAUAAACUUUGUGAGUCGGUGGCUGUGAAACUUGAGGGAAAGGUUUUGGGAACAUUCGACACAAUAGCUGCAACAGUUAAACUCACUUUACAAGAAUCUUUAGUACAAAUUUUAUCACCAAAACGCCGUAUCGAUAUACUGAGAGAUUGCCUUGAAGCCAAAUCUCAGGCUAGACCUUACGUGAUGACUUUCUGUGGAGUAAACGGUGUCGGAAAAUCAACAAACCUGGCUAAAAUAUGCUUCUGGUUAAUUGAGAACAAUUUGAGUGUUCUGAUAGCCGCUUGUGACACAUUUAGAGCAGGAGCUGUGGAGCAACUGAGGACCCAUACGAGGCAUUUGAAUGCUUUGCAUCCGAUGGAGAAACAUGGAAACAGGACCAUGGUGCAGUUGUAUGAAAAGGGAUAUGGAAAAGAUGCUGCCGGUAUAGCAAACGAAGCCAUCCGCUUUGCUAAAGACUCCCACAUCGAUGUGGUUCUUGUGGACACUGCUGGUCGGAUGCAAGACAACGAACCAUUAAUGAGAGCCCUAGCCAAAUUGAUCAAAGUCAACGAGCCCGAUUUGGUGUUAUUCGUCGGCGAAGCACUUGUAGGUAACGAAGCAGUUGAUCAAUUAGUCAAAUUCAAUCAAGCCUUAGCUGAUUAUUCCUCAAAUGUAAACCCCCAUAUCAUUGACGGCAUUGUAUUGACCAAAUUUGAUACUAUUGAUGACAAAGUCGGAGCAGCGAUAUCUAUGACAUAUAUUACUGGGCAACCCAUUGUUUUCGUUGGUACAGGACAGACUUACACGGAUCUUAAGAAAUUAAAUGCUAAGGCUGUUGUUCAUGCCUUGAUGAAAUAAUUAUGAAUAUUUAUGUCCUGCUGUUGUAAACCGUUGUAUAAAUAAAAGGUUUUAAUAUACUGGCACAAUUU